CUCGUCUCGGCUCCUUCCGCUUCCGCAGCUUCCCCAGCUCAUCCCCGGCCCCGCUGCUGCGGCUACGGGUCUCCCCUCGGCCCCCCCCAUCCCCGCAGUGCCGCGAGCCGGCCAGAGCCGUCUCCCGCCGCCGCCAUCCCCUCCCGCCCACGGGUGAGACCCUCCCCUCAGGGGGACCCCGGGGCGCGAGCAGGGCCGGGGGGAGCUGCUGGGGCGGAAGCUACUUUGAGGGAGGGGAGUGUCCAGGGCGGGGGAGGGAGGAGGUUGUAACAAGGUAGGUACCUAAUUCCCCCCCCCCCCCGGUCAUCAUCCCUGGGGGAGGGGUAAUUAUCCUUGUGAGUGGGGGAAGGGCGGCAUUGGGAGGGAGGGAAAGAGAAGAGCUGGGGGGGGAGUGGAGGAGAGAAACCCCAAGAGAAGGAGGUUGUGAUAUUGGGGGGUUGUUAGAGUGGGGGGGUCAGUAUUGUACCAGGGCUUUCAUGGGAAGGGGAAUUAAAGCGAGACUUGAUGGAAACGGAGGCUGGGUGGAGUAAAUAGUUUAAAAGGAUGGGGUGUGGUAGAUGUUGGACCAGUUUGUGGGCAAGGGGUAGUGCCUGACUUAAGAAGAGGCAAGGUUAAUGAUCAUACCCCCUUUUGUGGCGUGGCUGGGAGAGGCAGGUAUUGGGAGAACAAGGCUAUUUAUAUCAGGAAAAGUGAGGCUGAUUAUUUGUCGGAGCAGGUGUCUCCAAGAAGGGUGGGUUCUGAUAGUAAUUGGUAUAUCAGACGCAAGGGGAAAGAGAGGGUUUCAGGAUAAUACCAGGGUGGAAAGAAACGCAGAGGUUAAUUAUCAUGAUAACAAAUAUAGGGUAUCCAGUCUGAUGAGUUGUGAGUCAGGCUUUAGGGAGAAAGGGAGUAUAAUAAGAAUAGGGGGAAAGUUAAAGCAUACAAUAAAGGAUGGUUCCUAAACACACCCACAGUAUCCCUGAAUUGGGAAGUGAGCCCCAAGUUAGCCCUGCUUGUCUUGUUUAAUUUGACCAUUUAGACAGGGAAAGCUAAAAUCCAUAAGGGAUGGAAGGGGAGGAAAACAGCGGUCCUCCCUCCUCAGGAGUGUUUGCAGACUGGAGUUUGGCCUUUUGGACUCUGUGCUCGGUGAUCCUGCCAGUAGUGAUCACCUUGUGGUGCAGUUUCCAGCGAUCCCGGAGACAGGUGCUGAGGCGAGACAUCUUCCGCAAGAGCAAGCACGACUGGCAUUACACAGAUCUCUUUGGCCAGCCCACCUAUUGCUGUGUGUGUGCCCAGCACAUUCUCCAGGGAGCUUUUUGCAACUGCUGUGGGCUGUGUGUCCACGAAGGGUGUCUCAAGAAGGCCGACCGGCAUUUCCUCUGCAAGGAGAUUAUGAUGAGGAGCAAUGGUGAAGUCCACACCUCUAUGGCACAUCGCUGGAUCCGAGGCAACGUCCCGCUGUGCAGCCAUUGUGUCGUAUGCAAGCAGCAGUGUGGCACCCAGCCCAAGCUUUGUGACUACAGGUGCGUUUGGUGUCAGCACACUGUACAUGAUGAAUGCAUGCAGAAUUCUUUAAAGAGCGAGAAGUGUCGUUUUGGAGAAUUCAGAAACUUAAUUAUUCCACCAUAUUACUUAUCCACCAUUAAUCAGAUGCGUAAGGAUAAAAGAAUUGAUUAUGGAAAGUUGGCAUCCUCCUAUUGUAAACACUGGACCCCAAUAAUAAUCCUGGCUAAUACUCGUAGUGGAAACAACAUGGGCGAAACAUUGUUGGGAGAGUUUAAGAUUCUCUUAAACCCAGUUCAGGUUUUUGAUCUGAGCAAAAUUUCACCUGCCAAAGCACUCCAGCUUUGUACCUUGCUGCCUUAUAAUUCUGCUAGGGUACUUGUCUGUGGUGGGGAUGGCACAGUGGGCUGGGUCCUGGAUGCAAUUGAUGAAAUGAAGAUAAAGGGACAAGAACGGUAUAUUCCACAAGUUGCAAUCUUACCUCUCGGAACAGGUAAUGACCUGUCUAAUACGUUGGCUUGGGGUGCAGGUUAUGCUGGAGAAGUCCCAGUGGAACAAAUUUUACGAAAUGUAAUGGAGGCAGAUGGAAUUAAACUAGACAGGUGGAAGGUUCAGGUAACAAAUAAAGGAUACUACAAUUUAAGAAAACUAAAGGUGUUCACAAUGAACAACUAUUUUUCCAUAGGACCUGAUGCUCUCAUGGCUCUCAACUUUCAUGCGCAUCGUGAGAAGACUCCCUCUCUGUUUUCCAGCAGAAUUAUUAAUAAGGCUGUUUAUUUUUUCUAUGGAACCAAAGAUUGUUUAGUACAGGAAUGUAAAGAUCUUAACAAAAAGGUUGAGCUAGAGUUGGAUGGUGAGAGAAUCGAUCUGCCGAAUUUGGAAGGUAUCAUCGUCCUGAAUAUUGGAUACUGGGGAGGUGGCUGCAGAUUAUGGGAAGGAAUGGGUGAUGAGCCUUAUCCACUGGCAAGGUAUGAUGAUGGACUGCUGGAAGUUGCUGGAGUUUAUGGGUCUUUCCACUGUGCACAGAUUCAGGUGAAAUUAGCAAAUCCUGUUCGACUAGGACAGGCACACACUGUGAGGCUGAUUCUGAAGAAUUCAAAGAUGCCAAUGCAGGUGGAUGGAGAGCCAUGGGCACAGGGACCCUGCACUGUUACCAUAACUCAUAAGACACAUGCACUGAUGUUAUAUCACUCGGGUGAACAAACAGAUGAUGAUGCUUCCAGCAUGUCUGAGCAGGAACACACAAGGGAACAGACAGAUGAAGACAUAUAGGUUCUGAAGAAUUUUACAUAAUAUAUUAAUCAAGUCUCGUUAAAAAACUUAGAACAUUUAAUAUAUAUUUAACUAUCUCAAUAACUAUACCUUUAUGCAGUAAGGUGUAGACUUGUGAGUGGCACAGGGGUAAAAAAAAAAAAAAAAGCCAUGCUUUCAAGUAUUAAUGGAAAAACCUCCAGACUAACCCUUAGCAAAACACUUAGGUGUAUAUAUCAAAAUGAAAAUCUCACCAUAACUUAAGCUGAUUUUUCUUAAGGCUAAGUGUCGUUUUAGUAUGUCUUGAGAAUACUAUUUUCUCUUUUAAAUAAGCAGUAUGUCUUACUCAGUUCAACAAUAUACUGUGAGGUGCACAUAAAAGAAAUAUUGAAAUGUGACUUUGGGUAGCAUGACCAUCUUUUAAGACCUAUGUAAGAAGACUGUUUCUUUUGGUGACAAUUGGCAACACUUUAAAAACGGUUACAGAUAACUGAUCGUGUCUGAUGAUGAUCUAAAAAUAGCCACAUGGCAAGUCAGUCUGUGCCACCCCAUUGAUCAUAAAUACAUAUAUGAUCUGGUUCAGUAAAAAUGUAUUAUUUGCUAAAACAGAUGGAGAACAUAUAUAAAUUUUGCUUCCUGACUAGGUCAUGCAAGGUGAAUAAUAGUUUGCGGGAUUUAGAACUUUAUCUCCCAUUUAAAUUUAUGACCACAAAAUAACAUUAUUACAAACAACGAUACAAAAAUUCAGAAUAGAUGUAACAGUAGAUAUAAACAUCCUGUUUAGGUAACCAUCAACAUUUCUCCAGGUAAAUAUUGACCUAGGUGAAGCUUCUCAGGUUUAAAACUUCGUGGUCGCCUCAGCAGAAAUCAAUAUUUGCUCCUUAGUUAUUUUAUGAGUGAGUAAUUUAACCUACCAAGCCAAGAGCUUGAAGCUAAGUAGUAAACCUGUCACUAAUCAAUCCAGUUGAGCUCAUGUACUGCAGGUGAUCUCCAAACAGUAACUGAACUUAUAGUAGAUGUGUGCUGCAUACGUUAAGCCCAGUGACAAGUUAAGGAAAGAGUCUUGGUCUAAACACUGAAUUUUCUUACCUCUUUUGUCAUUUUAAGCCAGUGCCCUCAAAUAACUUUCCUUUUGUUUUCUGUAUGCUAGUUUAAAGGGACACUGUCAAGUAGGGUAGGCCAUAUAUCUAGGUUUUGUAAACCAAAUGGAAUUGUUUUACAGAAUCUUAAAAAAAAGUUUCUAUGGAUUACCUAAUGUUAAUGAAAACUUUUUUUUUUAAAUUUAUUUAAGCAUUUUUGUACAGGUUUAUGGAAAUCAAACACAACAGCAUUAUAUGCAUGCAUGAGAGACCAGGAAGUUAAACAGACCCUUUCUGGUUUAAAUUUUCCAUGCUGAGUGAAAUGCAAAAAGCAAACAUAGUUUAUAUGGUAAAAAGUUAAUUACAUUUUUGAAACUCUUCCAUUUUUAAUAAUCUUUCAAGAUAAAAAUAUGUUUUAACUUGACAGGGUCCCUUUUUAAAAGUUUACAUGCUAGAUUCUAAAUACUACUGACAUUAGUAAAUUCAUAUUUAGACAGAUUUGCAAGCUGUUCAUUAUAUAUGUGAUUAGAAGGUAAUGAAUUGUAAAUGUUGACAACAAAUGUAAAUUUCAUACUUGGUAGCUUUAUGGACCUUCUUUGAAUUUAUAAUUUAUCAUGUAAAUACAUAGCAAUUUGAGUCACAAAGGUCCACAUAAAAAGUAAAUUAAAAAUUCCUAAAGUAGAUAUACCAUGUUAUAGAUAGAUCCACCAUCCAAAUCUUCUCUAGUUAAAAUUGACUUUAGGUUAUACUAGCUUAAAAAUCAUUUUAAAAUGGUACGCCUCUAUUUUAUUUAUUUAUAUUUGAAUAACUUAUUCACACUUAUUUUUAAAAAUAUUUAUUUAAGUAUUAUGUUCUUAUCCUUGUGUACUAAUGUUUACAGGCAAGUUAUAAAGCUCUGUAAAAACUGGGUAUGUAUUUGGAAUGCAGAUACAUUAGAAAGACAAUGACAGGGUUGCUUGAUCUAAACUUAUUAAACUGUGUUGGGAAGAGUCAUCUAAAGUAUAUCUGGAAAUUUUCAAGAUAUAUUUCAACACUCAUAGGAUCAAAAACUGUUCCGAAUUUUUAAAGUUUGAACCCCCAGCCUACCCCUAAAACAAAACUUAUAAAAUGCUUUUUUCCUGGUCCCGGGGAGAGGGUAGAUCAGUGUUUCUCAACCUCUUUGACACCAGGGACUAGCUUGCUGCCUUCCUAAAUUGUGUCAGGGAGAUCUCAGGGACCUGCGCCAGUCCAUGGACCAGUCAUUGAGAAACACUGCUCUAAAUGACAGCACAGUUGGUGAGAGUAAGCUGUCUCCCAAUUUGUUUUGUUCUCGGUUGGAGGAAGGAAACGUAGGUACAGCACCUCAGACAAUGGGGUAUUGGCCAGGAGGUACUGUAUGCAGACAAGCUGGAUCCUUCCACUGACUGCAACUCACUGAGCACUUCUCAGGAUCUGAUGCCAGUUGGGUGAAAUACUCUCUGGGCAGUACAAAUCCAUGAAUAGCUUUGUAGUACAGGAGGAGAAUGGGCAGUGAAGGUAACACUUCAUCUAAUACCUACUUAGUAAUUUUGGAGAGCUGCUUUCUGAGGAUGGCCCUAAUUGUCUCAGCCAAAUCAUUGCUCUUUGCAUGCUGAUGGGAGGAGAAUUAUGCCGCAUGUAUGAGCAAUUAGAAGUGACUGAAUAGUUGAUGGGUAACAAAUUUAGAUGGUGUAUGCUUGGAAAGCCUUUCAGAAAACUCUAUUUGAGGAUUGGAGAAGAUUGCACUCGCUAUAAAUUUUUAUCUCAAAGUCAGAUAUGCCAUACCCACUUUUCCUGCAAUUGUCUCUAGUUGUCUACAGGUCAGAGGACUUUUUAAAAACAUAAAUGUUAAGGCUAGAGUUUAAAUAUGUCAGGUGAUCACAGGAAUCUUCCAAUUCCCAACUUACCACCCUGUGGGGUUUUUGGGGUUUUGUUUUAAACUUCUCUUGCUCAACUGUUUUAUUUUAAUCAAAACUUUUCAGUUCAUCAUAAAUUUAGAGUCAGAUUCUGCUGUGAAUUUCUCCCUGUGCAACCACUUUAGUCUGACUACAGAAGUUAUGUCAUUAUCAUUUGCCCCCCACGUCUAAUUUGCAUAUAAAUUAAAUAAAGACACUUUUCAGUUUUAAUGGUAGUUGCUCAUGUGCUAUUGUAUAUUUAUCAUGGUUGUGAAUCUGAUGAAAUUCACAUUUUAAAAAAAACAGAUGUGAGAAAACAUGAAGCACCUGAUACAGUUUUGUCUAUUGAUUAUCCUAUUUUUUAAUUAAAAAUAGGCUUUGACAAUUGGAAACAUAAAAAUAUUGCAAUAUAUUAGUUAUUCAGAAGAGGGUGCUCUGCUAUUGAAAUUCAUGCCCUACUCUAAGAAAAGCAACACAGCAUUUAAGGAUGACAUAAAUUAUGAAUACAUUUAAUUUCUUAGAGGCUUUUCAUAAGCAUAUUAAUUUGAAUAAAAUGUACAGCUGUAGAAAUAUUGAGAUAUUAAUUUAGCAAGCAUUCAGAAUAUUCAUUCACAGAGCUGUAAUUCUAGGCUAUAUUAAGAUUUUAUUGCAGCAUAUGCUAGUGUACCUAAAGAUCGGUCAGUGCUUCUGUUAUAAAUCCUUUUCCUGGGUUUAUAACCUACAGGUUAAAAUGUUUUUGGCGGGCUUAAACUUGCACGCACAGCCUAGAUAUGGAGUGAACUUUUUUUCUCCCCUCACAACCCCCUUACUUAUUAACUUUCACAAUUUGUAUAUAAUAUAUCUAUUUUUCUUAUAGUAGUUCACAGGUCAGAGUAAAAGUUUAUUGAGUUUGGAAACACUUCUGUAUUCUUGGACCUUCUGCAACUUGUUUGUGGUUUUAAAAGCAAUGUUCCCAAUCCAUGAGGUGGGCCCUACAUCUUUUCUAUUUUUCCCCUUGAAAUAAAAUAGUUGAGGUCUGACAGUAGUUGCCAUUCAUGUUUAUCUUUUUUAUAAGAAAUUUUGCCACUUAUUGGCUAAGAUAUAGUUAUAACCCGAUGCGUACUGGUGGUCAUGUGUUUACAGCAUACUCCAGCAUAGCGCCAAAAACUAUCACAACGGGUAAAUAGCAUGGUCCAGAUUCUCCUUUCCAAUGCAUUGAUGAGACUCCCCUUUUAAAUGGACACACCUAACUUUAAAUCACACGUGUGUUCUGAACAUUUUUGUAAUCUGCUAAUUGUUCUGGAUUGCAUUCACUUCAGCUGGAGUAGUGGGUGCUAACACCUUUGAAAAACAGGCCCUACUUAUUUUUCCCUGUUUGGGCCUAUUUACAUUCUAGAAUUCUACAAUAUAAACGCAAUCAAGAGAAUCUGAUUUUGAUAACAGGAUGAAGACAGCCAUGACUUAGCAGUCAUAGACAGGGCAAAUCUUAUUCGGCACCAUGUUAACCGACCAAGAUUAACUCCUGGUCCAAGCAAAAUCUAAUCCCAGUUAGUUGGCUUGAUGAUGAUGAAUAAGAUUUGUCUGGUCUCCACUAACCAUACAGUCAUGAUUGUCAGUAUUAUGUUAACUAACUAGCAACAAAGGAAAGAAAAAUAUUUGUAAUAGCAAAACAUGCUUAUAAAACUACUAAAAUUGACUGGGGCACUCAGGCAGUUGUAAUACUAGAAACUUCCUUCUAAUUCACUUUUUGUAAUUGACUCGUUUUUAAGUUUUUGGUAUCCUUGUAAGUCGGAGCCAUUCUGAGGUCAGUGCACAGUUCUGUGCUCAUAUUUAGAUUGCAUUUCAGUCAGGUGUUUUUCCUUGUGUGUAUAGACUUGUAUCCUGAGCUUUAUUUUUAUUUUUUUAAUGCAGUGUUAGUCAUGGUAUGUUUUAAUAGGUGUAAAAUUUAGGUCCUCCCUAGCAGUCCAAUGCACUUUUUUCUAGAAGACAAUAUUCACUGAGGAGACAAUGCUAAUUAUUUCCAUUGGGUUUUGUGGUCUUUGCGCCAAAACCUACAAAGAUUUAUGAACUUGAUUAAUUUUUAGCAUGUAGGUCUAGCAAUUACACUCAGCACUGUGGCUGCAGUGUUCUUCACUUGGGUAAGCAGGCUUAGUUGAGAAACAAAAUAGCCUCCUUACAAAGUGCAACUUACUGUCUUUAGCUGGAAAAAAUAUUGUCUAAGUAUUGUUCCGUAGCUUUCAAUUGCAUUAAAAAUGUUAAUGUAAUACAUGUUGACUUCUUAAAGAAUACCCGAAUGUUGAAAACAUACCACUGUUCCUUAGUUCAGACAUAAGAGUAACACAUUUUUGAAAUUCCUUAUAUAUAUGCUCUUUGUUUCCUAUUUCAUUACAUAGUAUGACUGCAAAUUUCUUCUUUUUUUUAAACUGUCAACUAGAAAUAAUCUAGAAUAUUUUUAGAUUUAAAAAGAGAUUACUGCAACAUUUUAGUACCCUGGUUGAUCCUACUGAAUGUGAACUAUCCACUUUAAAAAAAUAUGCUCUGAUCCAGUUCUGAGGAACUGUAGCUGCUUAUUGAGCACAGUGUAGGGUAACAAAACACCGCUUGUUUUGUGUGAACAGUACUUACACAUUCCAUAUGUUUAAGGCCCAUUCCUGCAAGCACUGCCUGCUCAAAAUUCCUAUUUGCUUCACUGAGUGCUGAACAUUCACUGAGCCCAGGAUUGGGGUCCUUUGGGAUAGAUCUUCAGCUGGAGUAAAUCAGCAGUGUGCCAUUGAACCAAGUGGUGCCAGGCUGACUUACACCAGCUGUAAUGUUUUGGAAGUCUGAAUUACCUUCAUAGCUUUAAACUAUCCUUUGUUUCUCUUUAACAUUUCCCUGUCUUCUGUGCCCACAUCAUCUGCAACGGUCUUUACAUUUCCAGGUUCAGAGUUGUUAAUUUAAAAUGUUUGCAUCCAUCAAACGUAACCCUGAUUAUUGUAUUGGCCUCUCUUUAAAGAGGAAAUGGAAACUACUGUUGUUAGGAUUUCAGUCUGUAUCUUCAAAGUUUACAUUCUUCAUUAGCCAUAUGUCUACUACUAACUCAUGUAGCUCUUAGAACUCUAGCCAUCUAAUCUUUAUAGAUUUUUUUAUAGUAAAACAGAAUGAUUUUUUAUUUUUGUAGCAUAUACCUUCAAUAUGUAUAAUAGAAAUAACGAUUCAAAAACCAUGCUCUGAAUAUUGUAAAAAUGUGAAUUUCAAGAGCUGUAACUGUGAGUUAGUCAGAGUCACUUAAAUAAUAUUUGUGAGAAAUUACCAGCACAUCAAAGGUUUACAAAAGCCUAUUCUUUAGGAUAGAAGUAGUCUGAUAUUGUAAUAUGUUUGUAUUCAAUGUGCAUAUGCAGAUUCUGAAAUUGCACUAAAUAAGAAACCAAGAGCUUUUUACAAAUCUAAGCACUGGAUCAAAAUGCUGAAUUUGUAACAUUUAGUGUUCUUUUCAUCCAGAAAAAGUGAUGGGUGGUUGGUUAGUGGUUUUCCCACCAAACAGUAAUGCGGGAAUCCAUCAAUUUAUUCAGAAACAUAAAUUGGUGCCUAAUGUUCCAUAAGAUGUGGCUAUCAUUCAGUGAAGUGCCCAGAAAUUAACAAAUGCCCAUUUUUCCACCACCACCUCCCCAUGCUCCCUUCCCCACCUAAAAAAAGAAAAUGACACAUUGUGUAUUCACAGCUGCAAAGUGCUUGAGGUCUUAUUUGUAAAAGAAUGACCAGCCAGCAUGAUACUGCAUUUCCAAAGUAUCUUUUUAAAAGGUAGAAGAUACACUUACAUUUUCCUUGGCAUCAAGAGAUGCGUGUAGCCCCCCAGGUAGAAUUAGCUGCUCUUCUGCUUUCAAAAAGAUUGAAUAAGCUGUAGGGGGAAAGUGUUAUACAAAACUCUAGUCAUAAAAGUAGGGAACAGUUUUUUUGUUUUUAAACAAUCUUCUGUACCUUCCUGUACACAAGCAGUAAUAUGACUUUGGAAACUUUCUGUGGUCAAACUUUUUGCUUUAUGUUUAUGCACUCUUUGGGCUUGAUCAUAUUCUCCUUAAGCGACAAUACGCCCAUUGACUUGAAUGGGAGUUUUGCUUGCCUGAGGAGUAUGUGUUUGGUCGCUUUGACAGUGCACUGACCAGUUUAGUUAAUCAUUGCAUGCAGGUGUUGUGUAUUUUGUUGAGAAGUAAAAAAAUAGUUGAGCGAGCUGUUCGUAAACAACUGUAAAUGCAGAGUAACUCCCAGGGAAGUCAGCAGAACUCCUUUGAUUUCAGUAGAGUUACUCAGAUUUAAUCCGUUAAUUUGUGUCCUGCUCAUUUUUAUGACUUAGAAGAGAAGAUGCGCAGAAAGGAAUCCUUUUGACAGGAUGUCUGCUUCAUAUUCCUCUUAGAUGUUUGUAAAUAAAUAAAAACUAUUUUCAUACCACUGAUUCUGUUGCCGAAUUUCCUAAAGCAUCUUUCUGUUGUCUUGUUGAUCUGUAUUGUAUUUCUCUGUAUGAACUAGACUGAAGAAAAUGUGUGUGGAUUAAAACAUUUGAAUCCAUUUUGUUUGUUCCAUGUCCAUUCACAAAUCUGAACAUCAGCUUUCAAAAUCUGUAAUAAAUUAGUGAGAAUAUUUGACACCUA